AUGCUAAACUAGAUUUCAGCUUUACUCUAUAUUUACUUUAAAGAUUAAAAUGGUGAAUUGGAAUAUAAUAGAUUUAUAUAAUAUUGUGAAGUGAUAGGCUUUCUUAACUUUAUGGGUUUCUUUUUAAAUGCUUUUGAAUAAAAUCCAAAGACUAAAGGCAAUUCUUUUAAGAUUAUAGUGGAAUUGAUUUGUUCUUUAUUAGGAUUAGUAUUGAUAUUAAGCUACUAUUAUAUUUAUUUUAUGGAAUUAUCAAUCAAUAGUAUAUCAAUGCUUAUAGGAUUGAUAUAUAUUUGGGCUAAUGAAUGCUCACUAUAUUAUUUUUUAAGUGAUAAGGGAUUAUACAGCAUGCUUAGUUUAUUUAUUACAACUAAUGUUUUAUUGUCUAAUGGAAAUAUUGCUUUGAGAGGAUGUGGAUAAUUAAAUGUAAAUAAUAAUUUUAUGGCUUAGAAUUUAUUUGAUUAUAGUUCAAUCAAUUUAAUAGUGUUAUGUGUUCAAUUUUCAUGGUCAGGAGAACCAAACAUAAAGAAUACAAAUAAUUUAUUUUAAAUAAUUUCAAGAUAAGAUUGUUUUAGAUUAAUAGUGUACUUUUUAUUAUUUAAUAUUUUGAAUAAUACAAUUAAAUCAUUUAUAGAGAAUACUUAUGAAAUAAUACCAACUUUGGUUACAUUGAUACCAUACAUUUGGGCAACGAUUAAAUUUAAUUAACGAAGAUACAAAUUAGCAUUUGGAUUAUUCCUAUUUUGUCUAAUAAUUUAUUUUCCAAUAGAUAUUUAAAUAAAAUAAUAAUAUUAAUUGCAAAAAUUGCAAUAAUUGGAAUAAUUGGAAUAAUAAAAUUAAUUAUGA